AUGGUAUCGCGUUUUGGCGCGGAUCCAGUACUCGGCGGACCUGCUCUGAUUGCGAAAGCGUGGAGGGAAGGAGGCGACACUAGUGCGAGUCGUUUGUCCUGUGAGGCGUUUCGACGAGGCUGUGUGCUUGGACUUGAGACCUUCAUAACGACGGGUGAAGACCGCAUAUCUGCUCAGCGUGCUAUCGACUGCGUUGAUGAGUGUGAAAGCCAUUCAAGGUGUUACUANNNNAAGAAGGUGAAUGUAGCCCGAUUGAAUAGAGAGUCGUUCGAAGCCAUCGCGAGUGCCACUGUGAUGGACUUGGAGUACUUUGCCAACAGCGAUGAAGAGCGGUAUAGUAUCCAGCAGCAUGAGGAGAUGCUGAGGAACCUAGUGGUGCAGCUGACCGAGUAUCCCGUGUAUGUGUCGAGCCCAUUGCAUGUACAGUAUGGUGUUUAG